AUGCUGAAGAAAGUGGUGUACUGUGGCGUGUGCUCGCUGCCGCCCGAGUACUGCGAGUUCACCGGCAAGAUCCGGCGCUGUAAGGUCUGGCUGCACGAGCACGACCAGGAAUUGUUCGCGCAGCUCUACGGCGAUGACAAAGAAGACGUCGACGGCGUCGCCGCGCGUCUCGGUCAAUCGUCCAUCGGCGAGGAGCGCGAGGAGCAGCUGGAGAAGAAGCUGCAGAAGCUGCAGGCCCGCGAGGAGUCCAAGGAGCAGCGCGAGCUGGCGCGCAAGCUGUCGUCCAGAGUCGUGAUCCGUCGCGAGGCGCGCACCAAGCGCAAGUGCAUGGUGGUUGUGGCCGGCCUGGAGGUCUUCGAGAUUGACAUGAAGAAGCUGGCGAAGACCUUCGCGUCCAAGUUCGCGACGGGUUGCUCUGUGUCCAAGAACGUCGAGAAGAAAGAGGAGGUCGUGGUUCAAGGCGACAUCGCGGACGAGGUCGAGGCCUACAUCCACGCGCUGCUAGAGGAGAAGGGGAUGAAGGGUGUCAAGGUCGAGCAGAUAGACGCUGCCAAGAAGAAGAAGAAGACGCCGACGACGACGACGCCGCCGCCGUCGUGA